AUGGCUAUCCUAGUGGAAGCCGUUAGCAACAUGGCCUCCUCCCAACUAAGCAAUCAAAGAACUCUCAUUGAUGAAUGUGGAGAAGCAACCGAGGAGCUUAGUGAAGAAGUGAGUUUAGAGCUUCAAGAUGAAGAAGAUGAGUUGAAGCAAGGAUUGCCACAAGGGGAGGAAGAUGAGACAAUUGAGCCAGAAGAAGUGGGUAAGGAAGAAGAUACCUCACCUCCCAUACCCUUGGUAAGCAAUGAAGAAGGGAUUGAAUUGGAAGGAAGCCACCAAGAGGAGGAGGUUGAGCAAGAAGCAAGCUCCACCAUUGAAGAUGAUUCCACACCAACUAAUGAGUCUUUUGGAAUUGAUGAAUCUCCCUCAUUGUGUUAUGAAAUUAAUGACAAGGAGGACCGUGCACAACCUCCAACACAUGAUUUAAGCAAUGAAGGGUGA